AUGGCGAUUCCAGUCACGUCGGGCUCGAGCCCAGGUGGAGGGAAGCCUCCUCAUAAGUACGCACAUUGCGCGGCCCAUGUCCGAUCUACCCCUUCGUCCUGCGAGUUACCUGCCUCGUCUGCUACUCAGUACACCUGCCUUGCUCCACGCUUGACCGAAAGCAUGGCUUCCGUCAGAGACGUGCCGGCUGAAGUCUUGUGUUCGAUCUUUCGUUACGUGAACGACUCUACGAAUUUCUACAGUCACGCCGAGCCUCUUGGUUGGAUUCCGACCAUUACCCACGUUUGUCAGAAGUGGAGGAUGGCUGCUCUCGCUCUUCCCGACAUCUGGGCUGAGAAUAUCUGCGCCCUUGCCUCCGACGCAGCUACGGACGCCUUUCUCGAGCGCGCCAAGACGAUGCCGCUGGUCUUCAGCCCCAAAACUGAGCACCAAGUUACACUCGCAGAGAAACACAUGUCUCGCUUGCAAACCUUCACGCAAACCAAGUCUCUCCCGUCCUCGUUCAUCCAAGCCCUCGGGCAGACGACUCUUUCCCAUUUGACGAUCUUGCGCCUGCAUCGUUGGGACGGCGCAGGAGAUCGCUCGUAUUUGGUCGAUAUCGAGGUGAACGCGCCGGCUCUCGUGGAGCUACGCCUCCGCAGCGUUUUCUUCAGAGUUGAUGCUCCUCUUCUUCGCAUCUUGGACGUAAUGAACGACAUCCAGCGAUUCCAAUACCAUGGACUUGAUCCGGUCCCGACGUCGACGAUUCUGUCCGUUCUGGCGAACACGCCUCUUCUUGAGAACUUGAGGCUCGAGGGUCUGCACGCCUUCGAUUCGCGGGUGCACGACGAUGCAACAACCGCCGAGAUGCAGGUCGAGCUACCGAAGCUGAGAUCAUUGUACCUCGAAGACCGAGGCAAUGACUUUGGCCUAUUCCGUCUGUUACGCAUUCCGCCUACAGCGGAGCUCACCAUUGAAAAUGCGGAAUGCGAGACGUACGAUGAGCUGGACGUGACCUUCGAAGCCGUCGAGCGCCAUCUGCGCACUCUCGCGUAUGACAUGCUGCUCCUCCACGAAGAACAAGACGACGCGUGCACCCACGUCAACAUCUGCCUGCGCUCAUCUACGUCCUCCAUCGGCGAUUCGGAGGCUGAGGUUUUUGGUCACGGCGAGCCGGCUUUUAGGCUGGACUCUACCAUGUACUACGGCGGCGAAGGCGGGAGCUCUCUCACCAUCCUCGAGUCUUUCCUGUCACGCAUCGACGUCGGCGCCAUCCGCUUCCUCGACAUCGGGGAUAUCGGCACGGAGGAGUUCGUGGAGCUCGAACCCGAGGAAGUGCGCGAGGCGCUCGUGCCGUUCGUCAACGUCUCGACGGUGAUGAUCAAUGCCAGCUCUAUGCAUCGGCACAUACUCGCACUCGGGAAGAAUAGUGAUGAAGAUGACGAUGACGAAGGUGGAGACGAGGACGAAGACGAGGACGAGAGCGAGAGCGAGGACAGCGACGGCAGUGCUGAAGAAACUAGACUCGUGCUACCAGCGCUCCAGCAUCUUGUCGUCCAAGAUGUCUCAUAUGAGGACACCGUAGAAGCACUCAAAGAGUGUUGGGACGCACUUCUCGCUGUCCUGAAGAGGCGCAAGCGUGCGGGGUUCCCUAUCCGCUACCUCACCCUGGCCGGAUAUGGUGAAUUUCCCUCGUUCAAGUUUACAGGCGAGGAGCUGGCUCUCGUCAAAGAGCAAGAUGUCUCGUACGUGCGACGCGCCGAGAAGCUUGUCGAUAAGCUAUUCGACUCCCGGAUCCAUGACCUGGAGGAUACGAGACGCCUUGUAAAAUAUGUACAGCCGUUACAAUAG